AGUUCUCAAAGCUUCCAUCGACGGCCAGCGGUGGACAAUCCGUCUUCCGAGGGCCGCUUUGUUCAGUGCGAUCCGCUAGUUCGCUACUACCAUGCGGUUAUGAGAUGGUUUAGCGAGGGCGGCUGCAGCCACGGGCCCGGAAUCGGAUUUGUGCCUCCGUGAUGGUUUUUGAUGUACGCUCAAGACGCUCAUACUCAUGUGCCGCGUGAGAGGUGUGAGGCCCAAGGAGUAUAAAAGCCUGGAGAGACCACCAGCUCCCCCUUUCCGUUUGUUCACUUUUGGAACACCCUCAUACACUUCCAAGACAUCAAUACCCUCAUCCGCAUUUACGCAUAAUCCCUUCAAUCAAUCACAAACAUGCCUGCCAUCAAGAACACCGUUGUCAUCUUCAGGGAGGACCCUGGACAGGGAUGGGUCGAGGAGAAGCACAUGGAGGUUGUGCACAAGGACUUCGACCCCGAUACCGUUGAGAUCAAGCCCGAGAAUGUGCUGGUCAAGACCCUGUUCCUGUCCUUGGAUCCUUACAUGCGCAUGCGAAUGGCCACGGGAGCCAAGAGCUACAUCCAUCCGUUCCAGAUCGGCGAGCCCCUGCAGGGGACGGCCGUCGCUGAGGUUUACCGCGCGGCAGAAGGCAGCAAGCUGCAGAAGGGCGACCUUGUAGUUGGGAUGGUCGACUGGGCGGAAUGGACUAUUGUGUCCGAGAAGGGUCUGACGAAGGUUGAAAAGAAGGCCGAUGUGCCGUUGUCGUACUUCCUUGGAAUCCUCGGCAUGCCCGGCUACACCGCCUACGCCGGUCUCGAGAAGAUCGGCGAGCCCAAAGCCGGCGAGACUGUCUACGUCAGCGGAGCCGCGGGCGCCGUCGGACUUGUUGUGGGACAGAUCGCAAAGGCCAAGGGAUGCCGCGUGAUUGGAUCGGCUGGAAGCGACGACAAGGUGAAGCUGCUUCUCGAGGAGGCCAACUUUGACGCCGCUUUCAACUACAAGACGGUGAAAUCGUACACCGAUGCGUUGAAGGAGCACUGCCCCAAGGGUAUCGAUGUGUACUGGGACAAUGUCGGCGGCGAGAUGUUGGACGCCGUGCUGCCGUUGAUGAACGCUCACGGACGUAUCCCCGUUUGCGGCGCCAUCUCCCAAUACAACGCAUCGGAGCCCUACGGCGUCAAGAACCUCAGCAUGCUCAUCAAGUCCAAGCUGAAGCUGCAGGGCUUCAUCGUUGGCGACUACUACGCCGACCGGGAGCUUUACCAGCGAUUCCAGCAGGAGAUCGUCCAGUGGAUCAAGGAGAAGAAGAUCGUGUACAAGGAACACGUUGACGAGGGUAUCGCCAGCGCCCCGUCUGCGUUCGUGGGCAUGCUGAAGGGUCGCAACACCGGAAAGCAGAUCGUUAAGGUCGUAUGAAUUGCGGGAAGAAGCAAGCUGUAGGGAGAGCGUAGGCGUAGUGGACCUCAAUUGUAUAUAUGGAUCUUGGGUGUGAUUUACAAUACACUGCACGUUUAUCUGAGGAACUUGGAUUCCGCUCGAUGCGCUGCUGAUUGCUUCUUUGCGGUAGUCAAUAGGAGUCUCUUAGUAAGGCCUUCCUUUGGCAAUCACAUCCGCGACGGCCAGGGGGC